AUGGAAGAAGAUGCGUCUGCACUCUCUCCGCCGCACGGAGAUAGUGAUACUGCUCGCUCCUCGGAUUCCCGCUGCACAACGCCGUCACUGUCCGGCUCAUCAGCGUCUGCGGAGCUUCUGAAAACACCAACUCGUACCGUCAAUGGACCCGAUGUUCCCCCGCAUGCAAUUGUCCGACUGAUUCAGUGCUCUCGCUGCUCACUUCCCUUCCGAACCCCGCUGCGACUUCCGUGCGGGGAUGCGCUGUGUCGAGAGUGUUUGCCUCCGAUUCGACCGCGGACGGGGGUCUCGUAUCCCGCGAAUGAGGAACGGAAGCAGGGAUUUAGGUGUUACUGGGGGAGGGGGGUAUGCGGGGCCGAUCAUUGUCUUGGGGACUGCGGGGCUGAUGUCUUGUUGACAACGUUGGUUGGGGUCUUUGAUGAAGUUCUAGGGCGCGGUUCAAGCCCUGAGGGAACGGCGGCGGAGUCGGCGGAGGAAGAUGCUGGGCAAACACUUAUAUGGAAGGGAGCUCGUUCGGACAAGGCGGAACUGGAUGUGGAAAGUGCUGAGAUUGGCUCUGAUCCCCUGAGUGGCGUCUUUGAUUUGGUCGGGAAGGGCAGGCUCGGUUAUGAUGCAUCAGAGAUUCGCUAUGAACCUUUUGUGCCUGCAUGCUAUGAAAGGUAUACUCACUCUCUUGACAAGCUUCGGGCCGCCGUGUGCAAUGAGUUGGAUUGUCAUGUCUGCUACUCGUUGAUACUUGACCCCUUGACGACGCCCUGUGGUCAUACUUUCUGUGGAAGUUGUGUGGCUAUGGCUCUAAGCCAUAGUAAUCUUUGCCCAAUUUGUCGACGUAAAUUGAAUAUGUCCUCAUCGGUCCGGUCAGAGCGAAUCAACAAGAGGUUGUCAGACAUCAUCCAGACCCUCCUGCCCGAUGAGGUGGCUUCGCGACGUGCAGAAUUGCCAUCGGAUAUGGAUAUAAGUGGUGAAGGUACUAUUCCGCUAGCUGUGGUUUCUCUUGCGUUUCCGACUAUGCCGAUCGGCCUACAUAUAUUCGAGCCCCGGUACCGUCUUAUGAUCCAAAGGAUCAUGGAAAGCAGGAGCCGAAGGUUUGGCAUGGUCAUGCCUAACCGGCGAGGCCGACUUCAGCAGGGACUAGGGAGGGCACCAUUUAUGCAAUACGGAACCAUCUUGACAAUAAACCGCCAUGAGUUGCUUCCGGACGGAAGGAGCCUGCUUAUUGCCACCGGAACGUCACGUUUCAAAGUUAUCAGCUGGGAAUUAGUCGAUGGCUACCAUGUAGGUAAGAUUCAGCGUGUUGACGAUGUUUCGGUUUCCGAAGAGGAGGCGCAGGAGUCGAGAGAGACGACAGCUGCCAUUGAAACAGCAAACCGCAAUGUCGACCGAUCCAUAGACUCCAUGUCCACACAGCAGUUAUUCCAGUUGGCUCUGGAUUUCGUGCUCAGGGAACGCAGGCAAGGAGCACCGUGGCUGCACCCUCGUGUUCUGCUAGCUUACGGGGCUUUACCAACUGACCCUGCCCUGUUCCCUUGGUGGUUUGCCACUAUCUUACCCAACUGGGAUGAGGAAAAAUACACCUUAUUAGCAACAACGGCAGUCAGACAAAGACUGAAGAUUACUGCCCGAUGGGUCAAGAGACUGGAGUCUCGUAAUUGGUAUGUAGCCCACAAUCAUUCCAAGGGAAGCAAGUAA